AACGGACGUAGGAAUGAACUGAUUUUUCCUGUGAGGCGGGGAAGGGACAGCCCCGAGCACACGGAAGCCAGUUGUCCUGGAUGUUGUGACGGGGAGAAGCCGGACGAGGAAGAGUCUGACAGAAGCCUGGUUCACGGAGACGUCUCCCCCCUUCACAGCCAUGCCGCUGUUCAGCUCCAACCCCUUCGACCAGGAUGUCGAAAAAGCAACCAAUGAAUACAACACGGCUGAAGACUGGGGCCUCAUCAUGGACAUCUGCGACAAAAUCGCGAACACUCCCAAUGGGACAAAGGAUGGACUGAAGGCGAUAAUGAAAAGGGUUAAUCACAAGGUCCCCCACGUCGCCCUGCACGCUCUCACUCUAUUAGGGGCCUGCGUGUCAAACUGCGGGAAGGCUUUUCAUCUAGAAAUAUGUUCCAGAGAUUUUGCCAGCGAGGUGCGCGGAGUUAUAAAUAAGGCACAUCCAAAAGUAUCGGAGAAACUGAAAGCGAUGAUGGUGGAAUGGUCCGAUGACUUUCAGAAAGAUCCCCAGUUCAGCUUAAUAUCGGCCACCAUCAAGUCCCUGAAAGAAGAAGGAGUGACAUUUCCUACUUCCGGCUCUCAGAGCGCCACAAAUACUCCGAAGAACGGGACAGUAACCACCAAGAACAAAGAGGACGAAGAUAUCGCUAAAGCAAUUGAGUUAUCUCUGCAAGAGCAAAAGACGCAACCAUCAGAGAUCAAAUCCUUAUACCCGACAGUGGAGGCACAACAUGACAGUCAGAAGAUGGGGAGGAAAGUCCGAGCUCUUUACGACUUUGAAGCUGUGGAGGACAACGAGUUGACUUUUAAAAGUGGAGAAAUCAUCAUUGUGCUGGAUGAUAGUGACACAAACUGGUGGAAGGGAGAAAAUCACAGAGGUGUUGGAUUGUUCCCAUCUAAUUUUGUCUCUUCAACCUUAAAUGUGGAGCCUGAGGCAGUUGCUGAUAGUAGCUCUCCCGCUUCAGAAGAGGUCCUCGAAGCAGCAGCAAAAUCUGAACCGGAGCCAGUGUUCAUAGAUGAAGAAAAAAUGAACCAGGCAUUACAUUUACUUCAGAGCAUCGAUCCAACAGACCCCAAGCCAGAUUCAGUCAAUCUCCUUGAUCUGGAAGAUGUCUGUCAACAAAUGGGCCCAAUGAUUGAUGAGAAGUUAGAGGAGAUUGACAGGAAACAUUCGGAGCUGUCGGAGCUGAAUGUGAAGGUGCUGGAAGCUUUGGAGCUCUACAACAAACUCGUGAAUGAAGCUCCGAUGUAUUCUAUGUACAGCAAGCCUCCUCAACAGACGCAGUACACCCCGACGUCACUUGGGGUCACCAUGCAGGGUUAUCCUGGACAACCUCAGGGUGGUAGCUAUAUGGUGCACGGAAUACCCCAGGUGCAUCCUGCAGCACUUUCUCAAGCAUACAGCAUGAACCCAGAUCAGAUCGGCCCCCUGAGAUCUCUACCACCAAACUCGACAGUAACCACCCAGGCGGCUCAAACAACGUAUUUGAGCACUGGACACGAUGCGGGUUCAAAUCCUCCAUAUUCAAAUUAUGGCCAGCCAAUGGGAAUGUCCGCCGAUAUGUCAGCCUAUCAGAACACUACAUCUUCAUUGCCUCCCGGACCGGCUACACAGUGGCUGCCCCCUUACACGCUCUCCCUCAACAAGCCCAAAAUUACUACCAGCAGCCCCUGCUCUGAGACUGUGACCCUUAAAGACCUCUGUACAUCUUUACGUGUAUCAGUCACAAGCCUCUUAAAGGAAAACUCUACUUUCAAACAGCAUUUUACAACAUUCCAGUUUAGUUCUACUCAGAAAGGGAAGUGACUUUGCAGAUUCAUUGCUUUCUCCACUGAUUAUUUGACGUUGCAGGUCUUCUUGUCACCACAGAGCAGUGCUUUGUGGGAACUGAAAUGACAGCGGUGACAUGACCGUCGGCCGUGUGCUCUCUGUUUUUAAUGGCAACCAUCAUGGAGCAAAGCCGUGACGUCACUUGGAAUCAGUGCGAAAUAAAUGAAGCAAAGUAUUUGCAAAGUUAGUCAACUCCAUAGGUAGAUUUAAGCCGAGAUGUGCUGUUUAAAGGGGAAGCGUCCCGUCAGUCCCAGCUCCUCAGUGGUUUUAUACAUCAUAGAUCAGAAUAUUGUUUUGUAGAUCCAAUCAUGAAUCUGAGAUUCCAACAGUCCGUACUGCCUCCUCUCCCGCCAGACAGCGCCGCGGCAGCAAUCAGUUCGAUAUUACACCGCCUUUUACUGAGCUGCUCCUGGUUACGUAGCAAUUAACAGCAGAAUUUCGCCAACUGGUUGAAUUAAGACGAUGUAUAAACGGCCAGGCUUUUAGGCAGCGCAUUAUAAAGACGUAAAAGGUAACCAGUUCUAAUUCUUCUGCCGUCAUUUUCCCUGUGUCUUAAAAACAAUGGUAACACAUUUCCUGGGAAGUCGCAUUUCUCUCUUGCUGCAUUUUUAAAGUGUAGAUGCUCUGACUAGUGGGGGACAGGCUCCCAAAAUGCUGAUUUAGCGGGCUUGAGCCUACCUUUAGCGUCUCUAAACGCUGAGCCUGAGGGGGGUUGUCAUGAAACGCUUCUCUAUUGCUCCGGAAACUGGAAACUUCCCUGGUAAUUACAAGUUAUCCCCUAUACACAGGAUCUGGCAGGUCCCAUAGUGAUGAAUGGUAUGGCAGUGCACAUGCGCGUUUCGUUCAUUUUGUAUGGCCCUGCGGGGUACGGGUGCCCAUGAUUAUGGGGGUCACAGCACUGAUCCACUACCCUGUAGAUAGGGGAUCACUUGAAAUUCCCGGAAUACCCCUUUAAGUAUCUGCAGUUGUGCCCGUAGGUUCUCUUUAAGUCUGACUUUUCUUGGCACGGUCAAAUUGUGAUAGUUGGAAAGCUGGAAUCGCACAUGCGGCGUAUAGUGCAGUUUUCCAUCUUUUUUUUUUCCCCCGCAGGUCCGAUGCCAGGCUUGUGUGUAUCCAGCUUUCUCCCUCAGAACACUUUUAGCUGUGUCUGGUUUAGCAUUUGCACUCUCCACCAUUUACUUUAAUAGGGUUCUGCCAAAUAUGAAAGUUAUCCCCUACCCACAGGAGAGAGGAUAACUAACUGAUCACUGGGAGGGACCCCAUCCCAAAAAUGAGGGUUCCAUGUUCCCAUCCUGAUGGAGCGACAGGCUGAGCAUGCUCCUUGUGAUGCAUUCAUUCUCUAUGGGAAUGCCAAGUGCAGCUCUCAAAAAUUUCGGGGAGCCCCAUAGAGAAUGAAUGUGGAGCUGACGUGGUACCUGGCGUGGACUGGGGCGGUGCUGUCUAUGAAAAUCCAGCAGAUCUCUUUUUUUUUUUUUCUAAUCCUUGACCACUGGUUCUCCAAAGCGACUUAUCUCAGUGGACGCGUUCGCCAUCCUUGCAGGUGAUUUGCAAUUAUCGCAAUCAUUCCAACAUUGUCAGGGUUUUUGCAGUCACGUAAAAUUGUACGUGCGCCUCGAAAACCAUUAACCGUGCUGUCACUCUGUGACCUAACCCCACCCUAUGAUCACUGUACGUGUUGACGUGUGAAUUCACAUUCCUAAAAUGGUAGGUGAAUGAGGUUGUGAAGCAUUUAGAGAGAUUUUGCAGGGAUGUGAUUAAUAUCCUCACAAUGAGGGGGUUGAUGCGAGAAAAAUAGGAGCUGAGCAGCGAGAGCGGUCUGUAUUCAUGAGUGAGUCACCACUGCUUGAGGGCCAUGAAAUAUAAACUAGAUAGCAAAUUGGGGGGGAAAAAUGGGAUUUAAAUGAAAAAAGUUUAAUAAAAUAAAAAUAUAUAUAUAUUAUAUAUUGUGAAAAGCCAGAAAGGGCGGACGGUCUGUCUGUCCCCACCCACCCAGAAUGAUUGACAGCUUGUUGUGGGAGGGGUUAUUCAGACUCUCUCUUUGAGUCCAGGCCAAGUCAGGCUUUUUACACUAAAAAUACUGCCACAAAUCCUAUUCAAUCAUAUAUAUAACAGAGUUCCGCAGCCACUAUGCUGGGCUGGAUUCCUGUUCAAGCAGAAGCGCACGGCGUCAUUGGUUGCUAUGACGCAGUGCGCUUCAUGCCGCCGUUGGACUACAGUAAUACACUAUACGAGUGUAUUACU